AUGCAGGCAGCCCAACACCAGAAUGACGCCAUCAACGGUAUGAGAGGAACCUUACUUGGCACAAUAUCCUCUACGAACUGUCAUGCUCUCUUCGCGUCUUCCAUCUUCCUGACUCUGAGCGCCUUCGCCACCUAUCCCAGCUAUGAGAAGUACAACCCCUCCUUCUCACCCAUCGACAGUAUGCUCGACAUCUUUACUUUAACGGAUGGCAUGAGCGUCAUUCUCCGCGCUUCCGAUGAUGAUCUGCGCAAGGGCCCGCUGCGCGAAAUCUUCAUCAAGGGGCACGGCGAUGCGGCUUCGGCGGUGGAGGCUACCCUUCAACCCCUGUUUGAGCGGCUACCUCGGCUCAGUUCCCGACUGGCAGAGAUCGGUCUUGUCGAGAACGAGGGCAAGUACACUAUCAACAACGCGGUCAUAGCCCUGAGCGAGAGUAUCGCCAAGGUUUCCUCCAUCAACGCCAUGUCCGCUCCGGUGGAGUUCCGCGCAGUGUUCCUCUGGCCCGUCCUCAUGUCCAGCGACUACCUGGACAUGCUGCGUCGCCGCCAUCCCGCGGCCUUGGUUGUUCUGGCCCACUACUGUGUGAUCAUCAGUAUGGCCGAGCCCUUCUGUUGGUUUCUGAGCGGGUGGGCCAGAGCCCUGAUAUCGACUAUCUCAGAGCAGCUCAUGGGCACGCCGUGGGCAGAGCUCAUCAUGUGGCCAAUAGAAGUCAUUGGGGUGGGAAGCUAUGAGUUACAGGUAGACCAUAUUGCCCACGCCAUGCCCAUUGUACUUUAG